AGAGAGAGAGAGAGAGAGAGAGAGAGAGAGAGAGAGAGACAUAGACGAGAUUGGAGGUUCAUCCAAGCGCUCAGGACUCACAGACUGAGUUGCACAAUCAGCGCUCCAAAGAAGCAGAACAGCCUCAGCAGCUCCAAACAGUCCCAGCAAGUGGAUUUUAUUUGCACCUCAAAAGACUUUUGUUGAUUUUUUUAUUUUAUUUUUUUCUCCCAAGUGUGUUGUCGAGAGGUGGGAUUUUUUUUGGAGCUUGUUUUUAAAAACAACAUAUAUAUUGUGUGUUGGUUUUUUUCUUACUGGUGAAGACAUGCAUCGGUGCACAGCGGUGCUCCUUUUGUUAGUGGUGGCCUUGUACGUCCUGAGCACAGAAGCCUACAAGUGCAGGUGCACCAGAAAAGGACCAAAGAUCAGAUACAAGGAUGUGCAGAAGCUGGAGAUCAAACCCAAACAUCCGUUCUGCCAAGAGAAGAUGAUAUUUGUGACGAUGGAGAACGUGGCUCGGUUCAAAGGUCAGGAGUAUUGUCUUCAUCCCAAACUUCAGAGCACCAAGAAUCUGGUCAAAUGGUUCCGCAUCUGGAAGGACAAGCACAGGGUGUAUGAAGCCUAAAAUCUCAGCACACGUGGAUCAAGUGAGACAAAAAAAAGAGAUGACAAUACCACCAGGACUGUUUUUUGCGAAGUACAAGAUGUAACCUGCAAUCAAACUGUAUUUCUCUCCUCUUCUACCUGAGAUCUGUCGAGCAUCUUUAGUUCAUAAAUAUAUAUAAGAUGGUGGGCUCGUUUUAGUUACAGUUACUCACCUAUCAAGUCUUUACAGCUGUAGUUAUACUUGUCAAAUAGUGGACGAGCGACCACCAUCUGUGUUCAAACAGUUGUAGGUUUGUUCAGUUGUUACUUAAAGGGACGUCUCUUUUGCUUUUAGGCUUCUUUCAAAGUGAAGAAUGUGUCAUUCUGAAUGAACCUUCCUUUCAAAGAAAAUAAAUAUUGUGUGGGUGUUUCAGUUGUUAAGAUUUUCACUUCUCUGUAUUCUCUAUGACAGAUAAGACAUUUGUACAAUGCCAUCAUUUAGGAGCUGGUCAUCCGUGUUCAAGAGGUUGUAGUCAAAAAUGUAGCGAUAAAGUUCCUCAAUAAAUCUGAUUCUCUGUA